GUCCUGCUGCGGGGGCUUCUGGGAGAGAAACAUGGCGGCGCCCGGGCUGCUGCCCGGCGUGGGCCGACUCAUUGAGAUGCCCUCCGCGCUGGGGCGCUUGGGCCGAGCUUACAGCAAGUCCCACGCCUUCAAGGAGGUUCUACAGCUGCCCAAAAUGGAACUGACGAAGCUCGUGUUCCCGUUACAGGAACUCCAGCGGCAUCUGCUCCCUGACGCCCAGCCUGACCUUCUGCAACUGAGGAUCUUUGACCCGAGCCUGGAGGCCAUCGCGAGGGCGGAGAGCUUCUUCACGGCCACCCCGCGGAACCGCAUCGAGUACGUCAGCUCGGCGGUGCGCCUGGACCACGCCCCCGACCUCCCCCGCCCGGAGGUGUGUUUUAUAGGCAGAAGCAAUGUUGGAAAAUCCUCUCUAAUAAAGGCUUUGUUUUCAUUGGCUCCAGAGGUUGAAGUCAGAGUCUCCAAAACCCCGGGGCACACAAAGAAAAUGGAUUUUUUCAAAGUUGGAAAAUAUUUUACAUUGGUGGACAUGCCAGGUUAUGGCUAUCGAGCACCUGAAGAUUUUGUUGAUAUGGUAGAGACUUAUCUAAAAGAACGAAAGACUUUGCUGAGAACAUUUUUGUUAGUGGAUAGUGUUGUCGGAAUUCAGAAAGCAGACAAUAUUGCCAUAGAAAUGUGUGAAGAGUUUGCAUUACCUUAUGUAAUGGUGUUAACAAAAAUUGACAAACCUUCCAAGGGACAUCUUUUAAAGCAGGUGCUCGAGAUCCAGAAAUUUGUUGACACUAAAACACAAGGAUGUUUUCCUCAGUUGUUUCCUGUAAGGAUGAAAACAGAAGAAUCAGAGGAUUUGAAUUGACUUGUAGAUCUCCAACACCCUGAGCAAAACCCUUCAUUUCCUCACCUAUACAAUAGGGAUAAUACUGCCUACCCUACAAUUACUGUGGACACAAAGUAGAUUUAAAAUAUUCUACAUUUUUGAACAGCAAAACAGCACUAUAUAUUUGUGCAAUACAAAAUAAUGGUUUAACCAAAUAAACACCAGUUGGUUAUCCUUUUCAUGAACUUUUAAUGAUUAUCAUCUCUCCUCAUUUACCUCUGACAUUAAAUCCAGUCUUGAGCAGGACAAUUCUCUCCAUCUACGGCUGUUUCCACCCUGAGGAGAUCCCUUUUAGAUGGACAGGCCUUGUGGGGAUCCCAAUGUGAAAACCCUUCCAGAAAUUUAUUCCUGAGGAACACUUAAUUUCUCCCAUAUCCUUUAAUCAAAACUCAUUACAAAACCCUUACUGUAUCAAAUUUUUUACUAAAAUGGGAAUAUUUUUUCCAUAAAUUUAAAAAUUUAACAAAUUUUAGACAAAAUGGGAACCAUUUUAAAGUCCUGAAUAGAUAUAUGUCUAACUAUAGAUAAGAAAUUAUAGUGAGUGCACAGAAUAUUGCUUGAAGGAUACAUUAAAACCUGGUCAGAAGGACUGCCUCUGUGAAGGGGGAAUAAGGAUCUUUAUAGCCAUUUGUGGCUGAUAUUGUUACCAUGAGCAUCUAUUAUUUUUUUCAAUAAAAAUAAAGCCCUAAA